AGAGGCCGGCAGGACACAAGCGGUUCGGCACAGUUGGGACGAUUGUGGCGGCCCGCGGUCUUUGUGGGCCCUUGGGGUGGCGGAUCUGCUACGAACCCGUUGGAGACCCACUGAUCUUUGCCGAGGGAAUAGCUUCGGGGAGCACGCUUGGCACCAUGUACCAGACGCCCGCCUUCAACAAACCCAAAGUGGAACUCCAUGUCCACCUAGACGGAGCCAUCAAGCCUGAAACCAUCUUAUACUAUGGCAAGAAGAGAGGGAUCCCCCUCCCGGCUGACACAGUGGAGGAGCUGCAGAACAUCAUCGGCAUGGACAAGCCGCUCGCCCUCACAGAAUUCCUGGCCAAGUUUGACUACUACAUGCCUGCUAUCGCGGGCUGCCGGGAGGCCAUCAAAAGGAUUGCCUAUGAGUUUGUCCAGAUGAAGGCCAAGGAGGGCGUGGUGUACGUGGAGGUGCGCUACAGCCCACACCUGCUGGCCAACUCCAAAGUGAAGCCCAUCGCCUGGAACCAGCCUGAGCCCGGGGACAUCUUGCCCACAGACUGGUCCCCUGAGGUGGUGGAGCUGUGCAAGAAGUACCGGCACAACGUGGUGGCCAUUGACCUUGCUGGAGAUGAGACCAUCGAAGGAAGUAGCCUCUUCGAAGGCCACUUGAAGGCCUAUAAGGAGGCUGUGAGGAGUGGCGUUCACCGGACUGUCCAUGCCGGGGAGGUCGGCUCAGCUGAAGACGUGAGACAGGCCGUGGACAGGCUCAAGACGGAGAGGGUGGGACAUGGCUACCACACCCUGGAGGAUGAGGCCCUCUACAAGAGGCUGCUGCAGGAAAACAUGCACUUCGAGGUCUGCCCCUGGUCCAGCUACCUCACAGGCGCCUGGAAGCCAGAGACUGAGCAUGCAGUCAUUCGGUGA